AUGUCAGUCAGUUGCUCUCCUUUCACUUUCGGUGAAGAGGUUGCUUAUAGAUGUUAUGAGAGAAAUUCCAAGGAUUGUUUGCAGACUGGUUGCGUAGUCCCGGAGAUGGAACCGGGGCUCCGGAACUGCUCGGGCUCUCCUUAUACCGAGUCCACUUAUUUCAGAGAGACUGUGUCAGCUUUCCCUGGCAAUGGAACUGUACUUGAUGAGACUGGUGGAAGGCUCAGCUCAGCUGAUUGCCAUGCCAUGUGUCUGCAAAACUGUUAUUGUUUUGCCUAUGCUUCGACCAGUGUGGAUGGUACGGGCUGCGAGAUCUGGAAUACUUAUCCUACCAACAAAAGAUCGUCUUCUCAUAGUCCCAGGACUAUAUAUAUUCGUCAUAAAGGAUUUGUGGUAGGCCAAGGGAGCGAAAAGGCGGCAACUUGGCUAGUUGUUGUGGCAUCACUGUUCCUAGUGAUACCUGUGACUUGGUUCAUCAUCUAUCUUGUUUUGAGGAAGUUUAAAGUAAAAGUCACUGUCAUAUUUCUCGGAAUGUUCUACUUUUUAUGGGGGCGAAUCAUUCCACAAAUGAUUGGUUGCAUACGUAGGAGGCUACAAACACUGAGGGCUGGUUCAACGAUAGACCAAGAAAUGCUACUGCGUGAAUUGGGAAUCGAUAGGAGAGGCCGACACAGGAGAAGUGCAAGGAAGAGUAAUAACGAGCUUCAGAUUUAUAGCUUUGACAAUGUAGCCUUGGCAACAGAUUACUUCUCCGAUUCAAACAAGCUAGGUGAAGGAGGUUUUGGUCCUGUAUAUAAGGGGAGGUUAAUAGAUGGGGAAGACGUGGCUAUCAAGAGACUAUCAAUAGCGUCAGGGCAAGGAUUAGUGGAGUUCAAGAACGAGGCCAUGCUUAUUGCAAAACUCCAACACACAAAUCUUGUGCAGUUGCUAGGAUGCUGCAUUGACAAGGAUGAGAAGAUGUUGAUAUACGAAUACAUGCCUAACAAGAGCCUUGAUUACUUCCUCUUUGAUCCAUUGAGGAAAAAUGUUCUAGAUUGGAGGAUGCGGUUUAGGAUCAUGGAAGGGAUAAUCCAAGGGCUUUUGUACCUUCACAAGUACUCGAGAUUGAAAGUGAUACACAGAGACAUCAAAGCUAGCAACAUUUUGCUGGACGAGGAUAUGAAUCCCAAAAUAUCGGAUUUUGGGAUGGCUCGGAUAUUUGGAGCCCAAGAAUCCAAAGCCAACACCAAAAGAGUCGCUGGCACAUUUGGCUAUAUGUCUCCGGAGUACUUCAGAGAAGGGCUAUUCUCGGUUAAAUCAGAUGUGUUCAGCUUCGGGGUUCUAAUGCUUGAAAUCGUUUGUGGGAGGAAGAACAAUAGCUUCCACCAUGACUCGGAAGGACCUCUCAACCUCAUAGUUCAUGCGUGGAAUCUUUUCAAAGAGAACCGAAUCCGCGAGGUGAUAGAUCCGUCUCUGGGAGAUUCUGCACUUGAGAACCCUCAAGUGUUGAGAUGCGUUCAAGUUGCUCUCUUGUGUGUACAAGAGAACGCAGAGGAUAGACCAAGUAUGUUAGAUGUUGUGUCUGUGAUAUACGGCGACGGCAAUAAUGCUCUUUCUUUGCCUAAAGAGCCAGCUUUCUAUGAUGGUCCACGGAGAAGCUUGCCGGAUAUGGAGGUUGAGUCACCGGAGCCGGAAAAUGUAUCAGAGAAUAGAGUUACCAUCACGGUGAUGGAAGCAAGGUGA